UGUUUUAUUUUAAACACUUCCAUAAUUUAUAUAGCAAUAGAAUGUUUGGACGUAUAUUUUUAUUCUUUUAAUGUUUGUUACAUCAAAACUAAGUUAUUUAUUAACUGAUUUCGAUAAUUCUGUUUUUAUUUCAACGAAUAUACUUCCAGAGUGGUUCCAUUAAACAUUUGAUAUUAUUUUUAAAGUCGUUUUAGUAAUUUGGUUUUUAAACUAAAAUAUUAGGUCCUUGCAUAUGAAAUUGGGGUGAUUUUUUUCUGCGUAUAAGAAAGAAAAUGACGAGAUCCACGUGGCUCCUACUUGGCCUCCUGACGGCGUCUCAGUUUUGCGAUGCAUACAGAAUUUUGGUCGUCUUCCCCCUUCCCGGAAAAAGUCACAGCAUUCUAGGAUUUGGAGUUGUCAAUCAUCUACUCAAAGCUGGACAUGACGUCACCUUCGUCACUCCUAUUUUGGAGAAGUCGCCUCAUCCAAAACUGCAUCAAAUCGAUAUCUCCAAGAAUUUCGAUUAUUUACCAAAAAAUACAUUCGAUUUAAAAAGCAUCUUGAACAAAGAAUCAACGGUAAAUGAUCCAAAUCAAAUAAUAUCGUCAAUUAAUCUGAUGCUAAGGGCGACUUAUCGAAACGAAAAUGUACAAAAAUUACUAAAUGACGUUGAUCAGAAAUUCGAUUUAGUUAUAGUAGAAUGGCUGUAUUGCGAAUUAGGGGCCGGUAUUGCAGAAAUAGUACAAGCACCACUUAUUUGGGUAUCGAGUCUUGAACCUCAUUGGAUGGUAAUGAGACUGAUUGACGAAGGACUAAAUCCUGCGUACCACGGAGAUGCUUUAAGAGAAAAUAUUCCACCCUUUAACUUCUGGCAGAGGACGGAGCAGUUGUGGAUUCAAUUGAAAACCCUUUACUACAUGCAUAUGUACCAUGAUGCCCAACAAAGCGCCAUGUACGAUGAAGUCAUCGCCCCUCUAAUACGAAAGAGGGGGAGGGUGCCGGCCACGUUCCAAGAAGUAAAAUACAACGCGUCUCUGGUUUUGGGAAACUCUCACGUUUCCCUUGGAAUGGCGACGCGGCUGCCACAAAGCUACAAGGCUGUUGGAGGGUACCACAUCAACGAAGAAGUCAAACCGUUGCCAGAGGAUCUGCAAAAAAUCAUGGACAAUGCGAAAAAGGGUGUAGUUUACUUCAGUAUGGGAUCUAAUCUGAAUAGCAAGGACAUGCCAGAGAGUUUGAAGAAGAGUCUCCUUGAUAUGUUUGGGGAAUUGGAACAAACUGUGUUCUGGAAGUUUGAGGAAGACUUCCCUAAAGUGCCAAAGAAUGUACACAUACUUGAAUGGGCACCGCAAGCAAGUAUUUUAGCUCAUCCCAACUGUGUUCUAUUUAUCACUCAUGGAGGUCUGUUGUCAACCACGGAAACCAUUCACUACGGCGUUCCCAUCAUAGGAAUCCCGGUGUUUGCUGACCAGUUUGUCAAUGUGAACAGAGCUGUAGGCAAGGGGAUUGCGAAGAAAGUUGAUUUCUCUUUCACAAUGGCUGAAGAUUUACGAGAAAAUAUUGUAGAAAUGACUAGUAAUCCGAAGUACAGAGAGAAAGUGAAAGAGUUAUCCUUCAUAUACCACGAUCGGCCAGUGCGCCCUGGAGCUGAGCUGGUCCACUGGGUAGAACACGUCAUACAGACCAAAGGGGCUCCCCAUUUACGCUCUCCGGCUAUCAACGUGCCCUGGUACCAGAAAAUGUACCUGGACUUAGCAGUUGUAGUGGUCAUAUUAGUGAUUUUGUCAAUUUCGGCACUGAAGCGUGUCUACUGUUUGAUAUUUCCGAAAAAUGUUAUGGGCGAUAAGAAAUAUAAAUAGUUAAAUUUUAUUGUAAUAUGAGAUAUAGAUUUUAAUAAAUUAUGAAUUUGUUUUGC